GUCUUGGCAUUGGGAGCCGGCCGGGUGUGUUGCGUUGACCUGAAGCUGCCUGUCUUCAGAAGGUCACCGAACGCCAUCACCACCUCCACCCGGCCAUUUCACCACCAGUAAACAUCACCACCGCAACCCGCCACCACGAUCGAGUGUCUGCGCAUCGCAACACACAACUAAUCUCGACGAGCAAGCGACGACCGAAUACCGACCACGCACCCAAGGGCAAACCUAUCCCACCUUACACAAAACAAACAAUCACUAAUCCCCCCCCGCGAGAGCUCCGUCUCUCCCCCACACGCCGUCACCAUGGCGCUCGACAACUAUUAUCACAACAAGAUCGAGGCCAUGAAGCUCGAGAUCCUCAAGGGCCAAGCCGUCCUCCGCCGUCUCGAAGCGCAACGAAAUGACUACAACUCGCGUGUGCGCCUGCUCAGGGAAGAGCUCGGUCUGCUACAACAGCCCGGGUCCUAUGUGGGUGAGGUCGUCAAGGUUAUGAGCACAAAGAAGGUCCUCGUCAAGGUACACCCUGAGGGCAAAUAUGUUGUCGAUGUAUCCGACAAUGUCGACAUCACCAAGCUCACCGUCGGCAAGCGCGUCACCCUUCUCUCAGACUCGUACAAGCUCGAAAAGAUGCUUCCCUCCUCAGUAGACCCGCUCGUGUCCCUCAUGAUGGUCGAAAAGGUGCCCGACAGUACUUACGAUAUGAUUGGUGGUUUGGACCAGCAAAUCAAGGAGAUCAAGGAGGUGAUCGAGCUCGGCCUCAAGCACCCCGAGCUGUUCGAGUCGCUAGGUAUCGCCCAACCAAAGGGUGUCCUGCUCUACGGCCCUCCCGGUACCGGCAAGACCCUGCUCGCCCGUGCCGUUGCCCACCACACCGACUGCAAGUUCAUCCGUGUCUCGGGUUCCGAGCUCGUGCAAAAGUACAUCGGCGAGGGUUCCCGCAUGGUACGCGAGCUGUUCGUCAUGGCGCGCGAGCACGCGCCCUCCAUCAUCUUUAUGGACGAGAUCGACUCCAUCGGCUCUUCGCGUGUCGAGGGUUCGUCUGGCGGCGACUCCGAAGUCCAGCGCACCAUGCUCGAGCUCCUCAACCAGCUUGACGGUUUCGAGCCCACCAAGAACAUCAAGGUUAUCAUGGCCACCAACCGUCUCGACAUUCUCGACCCCGCCCUCUUGCGCCCUGGCCGCAUCGACCGCAAGAUCGAGUUCCCUCCGCCGAGCGUCGAGGCCCGUGCCGACAUUCUGCGCAUUCACAGCCGCAAGAUGAACCUGACGCGCGGCAUCAACCUGACCAAGAUCGCCGAGAAGAUGAACGGGUGCUCGGGCGCCGAACUCAAGGGUGUCUGUACCGAGGCCGGCAUGUACGCCCUCCGCGAGAGGCGCGUGCAUGUCACACAGGAGGACUUUGAACUGGCCACGGCCAAGAUUCUGAAUAAGCAUGAUGAUAAGGAGGUGUCGUUGGCCAAAUUGUGGCGUUAAGUCUGCCCGGGGAGGGGAAAAGUGAAGGAAGAGUGGUGGUUUCAUGCGUGCAACGAUAUGAUACAGAAUACAAUAGUACUUUUAUGGGAAAAGUAACUGACUCAGCUUUUUUUUACUUUCCUUGGUGCAUCACUCUCAAGACUGCCUUUGUCGUCUGCAUAGGCUGUCUGAAAGUGUAUCGUUUUGUACAUUCCAAGAUUGAAAGCGGUCCUUGGCAACAACGGAGUAUACCUACUCUCUCCUCUAGCGGAAUCAACAGAAUGGAGAUGCAAACAUUACCGUUGACUUUCAGACGUAUCCUGGGCCCUGUUGCCGCCUUGACUCUGCACUAGGUCAUUACCGGAUUUCAGAACAACGGUCACACGAAGACGAAUAUCAUGCCGAAACUGAGAGUAAAUUGUGCAUUGGAAUGGCGUCGGUCUCUCGAAUGUCAAAUGGUUAUUUGUAAGCUGCGUGGCCAUCCGUGAGGAAGUGGCGAACCCUCAUAGUAUCUUGAACUACAGUUUCUGUCUUUCAGGGACAACUACAACCUGUAAAGCCGCGCCGGCACGAAAGACAAAUACCGAGACGAAAGGAUAUUGUGCUCCAAGCUACUAACACAAAGUCCCAGCCAAACUCUCACGAAACCGCGCCAUGCAAGAACUAACUUACAAACCACAGACCAAAACGAGACGCCUAUUCACAUGCAAGUUUUCAAGUACUCCAAACACCAGCAGCAGUAAUACUUUGAGCGAAGUUCAGGUGAUGGCAAAUGGUUCAUGGUAAUGGU